AUGAAACGGGUAGAGGGGGUACCAAAGAAAGAAGUGAUGAGCGGUGAGGAAAGAGCCAAACUGGCUAAGAAACUUGAUGAAGAUUUGGAUGUGUUUAUCGAAAGUCUGGCAAGUCAAAAGAAAUCAAAUGAUGAACGUAAGCCAUUUGAUUUUGAUGAAUGGUGUCGUGAUUUAGAUCAGCAUCCGGCCUUUAUGACUGAACUGAAAGCUGAUGAACAUGGUGAAUAUUCUGAGGCUGUGCAGGCAUUACAGGCGUUGAAAUACGAUCAAUCUGAAAAAGAAGAUCGUCUCGAGAAGGCUGAAUGGAGUAAAGAAGAGGGUAAUAAGCACUUCAGGUUUAAGAAAUAUCGAUGGGCUAUUGAUUGUUAUACGAACGGGAUCAAAGAAAUGUCGACUGAUCGCAAUAUAAAUUCAAUUUUAUUUGGUAAUCGAGCUGCGGCAAAUGUCCAUCUUGGUAAUUUGCGUUCAGCCGCACGUGACUGCGUAUUCGCUAGACGUUUUGACCCUACUAAUUUGAAGGUGAUUAUACGAUGCGCUGAAUGUCUCAUCAAAAUGGGAUAUGGAAAACAGUGUAUCGAUUGGAUCGAUAGCAGUAAAACUCUUCUCGAUGAGACAUUAGAGGAGUCUAUUCAAAAAGAUGAUGAAAAAGGUAUUGAAUUUUUGAAUCGCUUUUUCUUGAAUUAUGAUUUGUUAUAA